UGACUCUUUGGUUAAACUAUUUUUUCAUUUAAAUCACAAAUAGGAUCUUUUGAAAUAAAACUGAAUCGCUUAUUUAAAAUUUAAUUUAUCGCUUCCAUGCAAUCUGGACUCAAAUCUCGUUGGCCUGGAGUUUAAGUUCACCGUAACAUGGUGCAUGCCUUCAGGAAGAGGUGGUGCACGGGCGAACCGGCAAGACGCCAAGAUCAGCUCGCCAGCCGCGCUUUCCGGUUAGCGUUUUAUAAAUACUGCAGACAGGCAAACAGUGCACCGAACACGGCAGACCAGUCGUGAGAUCAUUCGAGGUGCGUGGCCGCUUGACUUGCGCGACUUGCUCCGACAGGAAGAAAGAUAUCUGAUUUAUCUCUCAACCGUCUGGAUUCUCCAGAUACGUUCGUGGCCGUGUUACCUCGCGGAUUUUAGCCCCGUGGAUGUUGCCCUCUUCCUCGGUGGUGUUAACAUUGUGCCCCUUCGUGCCACCGUAGUGCUUCCCCGAUGCAGCGGCGGCGUGCGGACGGAUUACGAGAGCGGGGAGGUGCACGCGAUCUAUAAAUUUGUAUGGACAACCCCCGCGUGCUAUGCGUGCUCGCGUUUCACGUUUCCCUGAAUCGUGAACGGCGCUUACAUAAAUAACGACGGGGAAUCGAUUCGCAAGUUCCAUCAAUCAAUCGAGCGCGGGAUUCUUUCGGGACGAUGACCGAUGGUACUGCGAGAUUUAUGAGCGACAGGAUGUAACGUCUAGCCGCCGCGCAAUCGAGUCCGCGCGUCAUCGCGAGCCAUAAAAAUUUCUCAGUGAUAAAAUAAAAAAAGAAAAAAGAAAAAAAGAAAGAAAGCCGCGUGGAUUGCCGAGAUGAGCGGGAUGAAGAAGGCAAUCGGGGGAUCCAUUCACAGAAUACGGGAGUUCGAGCUCGAGAAGGUGAACCUGAUCGACGAGUUCGACAUCCUGCAGAUCGUCGGCGAGGGAUGGUUCGGCAAAAUCUUGCUGACCGAGCAUCGCAGCACGCAAACCGAGAUGGUGCUGAAAGCCCUGCCGAAGGCGUACACCGGCAUCUCGGAUUUCUUUCGGGAAUUUCAUUAUGGAUUACAUCUGUCGGCGCACAGGAACAUCAUAACCACCUAUGAUGUGGCGUUCGAGACGGCCGGCUUCUACGUUUUUAGUCAGGAAUACGCCCCGCUCGGCGAUCUCACAUCGAAUGUGACGGAGACGGGAUUGGGCGAGUUGCACGCGAAGAGGGUGGCUAGACAGCUCGCCGCUGCUGUGCAACACAUACAUAGCCGCGAGCUGGUGCAUCGCGAUAUCAAGCUCGACAACAUACUCGUGUUUCGUAGUGACUUUUCGCGUAUCAAACUCUGUGAUUUCGGCGAGACCAGGCGGGUCAACACCGUCGUGCGAAGGCACAACGAGUGGCUGCCGUACUCGCCACCCGAGGUAUUGCAGAUCGACACUGACGAGACGUACAAAGCUCGCACGUCGCACGAUGUCUGGCAAUUCGGCAUUGUCCUAUUUGUCUGCCUGACCGGAUGCCUGCCAUGGCAAAAGGCGGCGAUGGACGAUCCACGCUACACAAGAUAUCAAAACUGGCACAACGCGACGCUCAACAUCGCCAAGAAACCGAAAUUAUUUCAGUUGAUCAGCUCGCGGGCGCAGAGAAUGUUCAAGCGGCUGUUGGACCCAAAGGUUGAAAAGCGACCAGUGAGCGUUUUGGAAGUAAACAAAUAUUUAGAAGACAGAUGGCUAGCGAAACUCGGGGUCGAGAAAGCUCUGAACGGCGGCGCCGAUGAGAGGGACGAGCUUUGUCCGUCUAUGUACAGCUUCCAUAGUUCCCUGGAAGAAAAGAAUCAACUUCUCCACACUCUCACGACGUACGGCAUCGAGACGACGGUGGACCAUUCGAAGAAGAAGGAUCGUAUCAGAGAGUGGAUACAGGCUAGCGCGAUCGUCGAGGAGAACGAAGAGGAUGAAUCGGACAUUUACGAGGACUCGGAGUUCUACGAGGAUGAAGAUAGGGAAAAUGACGGGAACGGAAGCGAGGAAACGGAAUCAGUCUCCAUGAGAGGCAGACAUUUCCCGGAGAGGCGCCCGAGUGCCGCGACAAAUAAUCCUAGAAAGAGAAGAGGCAGUAGGGUCGCGACGCGGACGAGUCGUGCCGCAUCGAAGAACAAAGUGCCCGUAAAGCCCGUCGAAAGGAAAAUACCCUUCGCUCCUCAAGUGGCCGAAGAGCGGGAAACGAUCGCGCGCUUCGCCAGCUUCCCCAACGGCGAUCCGAAGCUCGCCGCCGUGAGGAACGGCGACGAUCGGACCCACGAUCUUUCCGCAAACUCGGUAAACAUCGUCACCGACGCACCGUCGUCGACGACGAAUAAUUCCUCGAGCAACCUUCAAUCAUCUGUACCUAGCGCCAACGGCCGAAACGUCAUCAAGGAUCCGGCUAGGACCAGCGCUGACAACGCUCGAGAUGAAUCACCGCUUUCCGCGCAACCGGUUGCCGCUGUCCCUGUUAAACAUUCGCCGCCUAAAACCACUCCGCGCAUUCCGGAUAGCGGAGGGAGAGUAGUUGUACCGGUGAGCCCGCAGAUCCCGGCUAGAAAAAAUCGCGCUCACACGGCGCCGUCUUCGGACACGCGGUCGGCCCGGGCCAAUUUGGCGAAAAGAGCGCAGUCCGCGUCAGUCUUACGGACGCCAGAGGCGGAGGACUCGCCGCGUGCGUCAGCAAAGACGUCCGUCUCCCCGCAUUCGAUGACGGCUCGAGCGGACAAUCCCUCCGUUGCUAUGUUAUCGACUUCGCGAGCGGCGAGAUCGGUCGCGCGAGCUGAUAAAGCACCCGCGUCUCUGAUCGAAUCUCAGCCUCCCAACAGCGCUCUGCCUGGCCGAGUCGAAGGCUCGCCGGCAAUCGCAACCCAAAUCACGACGUCCGCCGCUUCUCACUUGGCAAUGCAGAGCUUCAACGCGCUGCAGAAUAUCGCGGGCGCAUCCUCGACCACCUCGCCGGCGAAUUCAUCGUCGAACGUAAUUAAACCCGGUCAGCGGACCGAGGAGGUAAACGUGGCUUACGGAAAAGACGCGUAUGAACACUACGGUAUCGCCGCCCAGGGAAUCAUCCUACCGAUGAGAGUGAAUAUCGUUAGACAGGAUUCUACUGGCAGCGGUAGUCGAUCCGUGAGCAACUGAGAUGCUAACCAGAGAAUGUGCCGGAUUCUCCUUCGAAGUCGAAAACGGAAAUUGGAUAUUCGCUAAUCGCGAAAUCACUCCAUUUCUGUCGGUAUACGCGAAGAUAUGUGUUGGAUGAGAUACACGAUACUUUUUCUAGAAGAAAUUAUUUAAUGCGAAUUGAAAGAUUCUUGAAGAUAUUUAACGUAAUACGUGUAAUAAUGUUGAUACCGUCGAUAUCGCGUCGAUCAAUGAUCGCUAUUAAGAGUUCCUUCGGAACGUGUAUUGAUGUAAGACAUCGCGAUGUUUCGAUGUAUACGAAGUAAAGCUGCCGCGAGAAUAACUUGAAUGGAGACGUCACGUUACGUACAUUAUACUUCAUUAGUUUCAAGAGACACUUACAUCGGCCACGUGUCACUCGCUUCGCCAAGCCUAACGGGAUAAAAUUAGCGUGGCGUCUCGAAAGAGUUGCACCGUGCAGGAAUGUUCGUGAGGCCAUUAGCGUACGACCGUGAGAAACGGCGCAAAUUUUUAUUGUUGUCCAAACGUGACGUGAGGCCGCGCGUGUUUCGUUAACAGCUCCACUUUUUAAUUGCAAAUUUCUAUUGGCACACCGAAUGUCUCUUCGGACGUACGGAGGUAGACGUGACUGCGGAAUGUGUAAGCUAAAUAUUUAUACACGCUUUGUGAUAUUAGAGAUCGUGUAUUAUUUGGCUUAACAUUAGGGGGAAGUAAUGUCUUUCUUAUAAAUAAUGUAAAAAAACAGUAUCUGGUUUCAUUGAUACAACUAUUUAUUCAAUAAUAUAAUUGUCAUCGUUUUCACGGUCGCCCAUUUAUUUAUUUAUUUUUCAGUUUCUUUCUCGAAAAACUAAUCGACUUUGGUUCGAAAAAUGUGGAUAAAGUGAUAAGACAUUGCUCGUUCUUACAAAAUUUUUUUUCGUAAGAAGUAUUCUAUUGAUCGGAAAAGAUGAUAAGUGCGAUGGGAUGAAUAAAAGAGUACUUCCGUCCUAAUUUUCUAAUUUAUUUGUCUUGCGUCUAUUUCGUUACAUGUACGUGGUUGAGUGUUGUCAUAGGUUACAGAAUCCAAACCAGCUUUUUCGAGAACAAAAUUAAUGAUUGAAUGGAUGACCAUUUUUCAUAGAAAACGAUGACUAUUGUAUUAUUGAAUAAUAAACGACGUUGAUAAAAUUACACAUUGUGCAUUGUAUUAUUUAUAAAAUGAUAUAGCGCACAAUUAGAUUUGCAAUAUUUAUAAAAACGACAUAACUUUCCCAUACUCUUAGUAUAAACGUAAUAAAUAUUGAGAGAUGCGAAAUGCGAGAAAAUGUGAAAUAUAAAAUAAAUGUAAUGAUUUGUACAUUAUUAUACACUAAAGGCAUGUUACAUUCGAGAGGCAAUACUUGUUGUUUUAAUAUGUUAUUUUAUUUUAUUUUAUUUUAUUAUGACGUUUUGAUAUCACAUAUUGUGUGAUAAGUUAUUGCAACUUUGCUCGAUGCGACUUGCGAGCGUUGUCCAAAAACAAGAGAGAUAGACGUAACAUUUUCGCAAAAACGCGACGUUUGAAUAAAUCAUACGGUAUUCAUUUCAGACAUUUUACUCUUGCAUCGAAUACCUUGCUCGAAUAUCGAAUCGCUUGUGCUAGUUAUAUCGCACGGUCCAUUUACAGAAAUGUCAUGUAUCAUUUCUGAAGUAGAAUGAUAAACACAAGAGCGGUAAAUUUUUUAUGUACACGCGUGUUGAACAUCCUUCGCGCGAAUUAUACGAAACCCCAUCGUUUAUUAUCGAUCGAUAAUGUUUUCGCUAUCUGGUUGUCAGGUAAAGAUAUAUAUACAAGCGGAAUCGCUGAUUAGUUAUUGGAUGUUCGAUAUUACCUGAUUUACGUGCGAAGGCGGCCGUGACUAUUAGAUAAGCUUCCUUCGACGGCAAGUUUCGCUUGAACUCCUACGUCGGGUCACGGAAGCAAGAACGACGCAAGGGUGUCGAGAACGAGGGGGCGCGGGGGGGAGAAGAGGCUCUUUAGGAAAGCCACGGGGGCCGAGAGGUAGGUACGACGAAGUGCGGCGAUGUGAAAAUAAUUCCCGAGCGGGUCGUGGCACGAAUUAAUUAAGAGAUACGUAAGUAACAUAUAUUGCGCAAGGGGCGCAAUUACCGUCGUCUUUGACGUUUAAGGAGUAACGCGGAAGUGUGCGAAAGAUACGGAGGACCGCCGCGCCGCGCAAAGGUAGUUUGUUGUUUAUCGCUGGGAGCCAACUGGCGGAAUAUAGUAUGAGUAUGUCGACGCGCGACCGAGAGACGGCAACUCGAAAAUUCUUCGACGUAUUCCACGCGUUAAUUAGCGCCCAAGUCAACAAUACUCGUAGUAUUAUACUAAUAAAAUUAAUUGACGUUUCGGAUCGCGCGCGAUAGAUCCGCUCUCGCAGCCACCAAUGAAAAUAAAUUUCUACGAUUGCAACGUGUAAUACAUUCUCAUAACGUGUGUCUUUAAUAUAGCCUCGUCGAGUAUACUUAUUGAUUGUCGUUAGUAAAUUGACAUUGGUUAAUUGAUCCUGGUCCAGUUAAUUGGUACUAAGUGACUGGUGUUGGUUAUACUGGUAACAAAUUAUACCGAUUUUAUACGCCACGGGUGUAUGCAGAGUAUGUGCGUGCUGCACGCGCCGUAUGUGUGUGCUUUAAUAACACGCAGUUGUCGGAGUCUGUCUUGACGCUGUGUAAGCUAACGUUCGGGACCAUACGAAGCUGCAGGGUAAUUAUUGACUGUACCACGCGUCCGCUCACGAAAUAAUCGUGACUGUCCUUGAUACGUCAUGGUGCGCAGCUGGUAAACGUGGCUGACCGAAAAUCGCUUUGCCGAGCGUCACGCUUGACACCUUUGCUGUCCGGUACCGGUCCAAAAGCCGCGCGGAUGAAAAUUGAUGAAACCACAAUUGGUGUUAAUGGCGUGCCACAACUUCCCCCUCGUUGGUACCAUUUAGCAACCUUCUGCAUCCUCGUUACGUACAUCGCUUUCGGCGACAUUUAUUUCGGGAUCGAGCAAAUCUGUCUCUCGAAGCCGGGGAUCUACGCGUGAAAUCACGAAGAUGUCCACGGAGAUCUUGUAAUUGCUAACGAUAUUGUUACAAUAAAUAAAACAGAUUUCUUACA